AUGUGUCGGAUCUGCUGGCGCUUCAUAUUGAGCUCACAACUACGCUCUGUGCGUGGCGUCUUGUUGCGUCUUGUUCCUCCAGUUGCGGUGCAGGGUCAACUGAGGACACCUCCCGCAUGUUUGGUGUGCGUGUUGUCACAUACCAUUACGGUGGGGCACCCGGUUCUACGCGCCUCCUGCGCUGGGUCUCUAGGUGAGCGCUUCACGCAGAGGAUUCAUGGUCCAGUCUUCUCGAGCCUCUCCUUUCCUCUCCUCCUGAGUUGCCUUGGCUCAUGUUUUCCUGGGGUCCAUACAGUGUGGUCCAUUUAG